UUCUUUCCUGGACUGAAUGUAAUGAUACCUUUUAUGAUACUCUGCUUCUCACAGAUCUAUAAAAAAAAUGUUCAUGGUUAAUGAUUGAUGAAAGGUGGAGGGAGAGGCUGGUAGGUAGGCCGCUUGGGGCACAGGGUGUGUUCCCUACCAGUCCCCAGCAGUUGUCUCCACAGCCGAAUGGAAGCAAAGAACGUUUAACCACCACUUUCCUACGUAUAGAAAGGCAUUUGAACAGAGAAUAGCAAGAUGACUGGAGCCUGUCUUCGCUCUCUGUGUCUUCUUAUGCUGUGUUUGACAACUGGAUAUGGUCAAGAUGGGAAGUUUAGUGGACCUCUGAAGCCCAUGACAUUUUCUAUAUUUGAAGGCCAAGAACCAAGUCAAAUCAUAUUCCAGUUUAAAGCCAAUCCUCCUGCCGUGACCUUUGAACUUACGGGAGAGACCGAUGACAUAUUUAAGAUACAACCAGAUGGACUGCUGUAUUACACGAGAGCCCUGGACAGAGAGACAAGAGCUACGCACCAUCUUCAGCUUGCUGCCCUGAAUGCUCAGGGAGCCAUAGUGGAGGGCCCAGUCCCCAUCAUCAUAGAAGUGAAGGACAUCAAUGACAACCGACCCACAUUUCUUCAGGAGAAGUAUGAAGGCUCAGUAAGGCAGAACUCGCGGCCAGGGAAACCCUUCAUGUAUGUGAAUGCAACAGACCUGGACGAUCCAAGUACCCCCAAUGCGCAACUCUUUUACCAAAUUGUUAUCCAGCUUCCCAAGAUCAACAACAUCAUGUACUUUCAGAUCAACAACCAGACAGGAGCAAUAUCACUUACCCUAGAAGGGUCUCGGGAACUGGAUCCAGUUAAGAAUUCUAACUACAAUCUUGUGGUCUCCGUGAAGGACAUGGGAGGCCAGAAUGAGAAUUCCCUCAGCGACACGGCGUCUGUAGAUAUUACCGUGAAAGAGAAUAUCUGGAAAGCACCGGACGUCGUGGAGGUUGUAGAAAACUCCACUGACCCUCACCCCAUCAAGAUCACUCAGGUGCAGUGGAAUGAGCCAGGUGCACACUAUUCCUUAGCUCAGAAGGAGAAACUGGAAACAUUCCCAUUUUCAAUUGAUCAGGAAGGAAAUAUUUAUGUGACCCAGCCUUUGGAUCGAGAAGAAAAGGAUUCGUAUGUUUUUUAUGCAGCUGCAAAGGAUGAGUAUGGAAAACUACUUUCAUACCCUCUGCAAGUUCAUGUGAGAGUUAUAGACAUUAACGACAACCCACCAACAUGUCCAUCUCCAGUAACUGUAUUUGAGGUCCAGGAGAAUGAAAUACUGGGUAGCAGUAUUGGAAUCUUCACUGCUCACGACUUAGAUGAAGCCAACACUGCCAAUAGCAUUUUAAGGUACAAAAUUGUGGAACAAACUCCCAAAGUUCCUAUAGAUGGACUCUUCAUGAUUGAAGAAUAUGAGGGGAAGUUCCAGUUAGCUAAACAGUCCUUGAAGAAGCAGGAUAGUCCUCAGUACAACUUAACAGUAGAGGUGUCCAAUGGAGAUUUCAAGACCCUCUGUUCUGUGGAAAUCAACGUAAUCGAUAUCAAUGAUCAGAUUCCUGUCUUUGAAAAAUCAGAUUAUGGGGUCCUGACUUUCCCUGAAGACGCAGCUGUUGGGUCUGUCAUCUUAACCAUUCAAGCCACCGAUGCUGAUGAGCCAUUCACUGGGAGUUCUAGAAUCCUGUAUCGGGUUAUCCAAGGAGACAGCAAGGGAAGACUAGGAAUUGACACAGAUCCCCAAACCAAUGCAGGAUAUGUCACAAUUAAAAAGCCUCUUGAUUUCGAAACAGCAGCUAUUUCCACCAUCGUGGUCCAAGCAGAGAAUCCUGAGCCUCUGGUGUCGGGGGUUGUUUACAACACCAGUUCUUUUACCUCCUUCAAACUUAUUGUGACAGAUGUGAAUGAAGCACCUGUGUUUUCCCAAAAUGUAUUCCAAGAAAAAGUCAUGGAGGAUGUGGCUGUGGGCACUAAAGUGGGCAAUGUGACUGCCAAGGAUCCCGAAGGUCUGGACCUAAGGUACUCACUGAGGGGCGACACGAGAGGUUGGCUUAAAAUUGACGCUGUCACUGGUGAGAUCUUCAGUGUCGCCCCGCUGGACAGGGAAACGGAAAAUGUGUACCGAGUGCAAGUGGUGGCCACUGAAUUAGGUGGGUCCUCCUUGAGCUCCAUGUCACACUUCCACCUGACGCUUACAGAUGUGAAUGACAACCCACCUCGCCUAGCCAGAGAGUACACCGGCUUGUUCUUCUGCCAUCCCAUCUCUGCCCCUGGAAGUCUCAUUUUCGAGGCCACUGAUGACGAUCAGCAAUCAUUUCGAGGUCCCCAGUUUACAUUUGCCUUGGGCAGUGAAAGCUUGAAAAGAGACUGGGAAGUUUCCAGAAUCAAUGGGACUAGUGCCAGACUUUCCACCAAGCACACGAAUUUUGAGGAGAAAGUCUAUGAGAUCCCCAUCCGCAUCAACGACGGGGGUCGGCCGCCCUUGGAGGGCACUGUGUCUUUAUCAGUGACUUUCUGCAAGUGUGUGGAAGGAAGCUGCUUCCGGCAAGCAGGUCACCAGCCUGGGAUACCCACGGUGGGCAUGGCGGUCGGUAUACUGCUGACUACCUUUCUGGUCAUAGGUAUAAUUUUAGCAGUUGUGUUUAUUCGCAUGAGGAAUGAUAAAGGCAAAGAUAAUGUUGAAAACGCCCAGUCACCUGAAGCUACCCCUCUGAGACGCUGAAUUUGAAGAGAAAUGGUAGGGUUCAUCCAUCAAAUGCUACUUCAGUGACCAGCUGCUUCAUUUCAUAAUUCUACUUCGUGUCCAACAUGCAUUCUAUAAUUUUUUUGUGUUCUAUAAUUUUUAAAGCUAUUCCCUUUUUCCCUUUAAUAUUUUAUCACUCUUAGAUAUUUUAUGUGCUGUAGACAUUACAGAUAUUUUGUAUUUUCCCAUGACAUUGUUUUCCCCUUUGCAAAAAGUUUUAGCUAUUUAAUCCAAACCAAAAAUAUGUAUUUUCCCCCUUUGGGGAAACAAAUGAACUGAUUAACAUGUCUGAUUCGUUACAAAGAUGCAACAGUUGUCUCCCACAGAACUUUCUGGAUGCUGUUUAUGAUUUUUCUCAUUCCAUCUUAUGGCCCCUUGGUCCAUAUCUCACUUGGUAUCUCACUGAAUCCAGACCAUUUGUCAGACUAAAGAACAAAGUGAGCUCUCAGAAAAACACUCCAACAACCUGGUCCCUUAGUAUGGGCAGAAGCUGUUCUAGGUUGCUGUUCAUCACCUUUAUCCCAGUGUGGCUGAUUUGGCUCUUCCCUGGAGGGGCUACAGCUUGGGGAUAAUGCAAAACCCAGCAUGCCUCCAACACAGUUGCUGUUUCCAUGAAGGCCAAGUUCAGAGGCCUGGGCAUAGACCUGCAGCUGCCUAGUUCACUUACUACCUACCAUGCUUACAUGCUGCGCAUGUUACCUUUAUGUGUAUAUUGAUGAAGUUUUGGUUGUUAUAUAUUUAACAUGUGAGGAAAAUAAGGAAGCAUAAAAGCAGUGACCAAAAUUGAGAAUAAAAAAAUGUUGUUGUUUA